CAUUAUUGGGUAUACUUUAUUAGCUGCUCAAUUGCAAGUUCCCAAAACCCAUUAUGAAGUUUCACUGUAUAUCUUAAGCAAAUACCUUAAAACACAUCCUGAAACUAGAGGUGAACAUGUACUGCAAACUCUUUAUGAUAGUUAACCAACUGUGUGUUUCUCAUGCCCAAUGAUUACUGAGUAAUCUAUAACAUUCAGUGACAUAAGAAACUUUAUGGGUGCUACAUCAGAGUCUCUGUUGGCUACAGGGUAUAUAAGCUGUCAUGUUCAGCAUUGUUGCAUGUUCAGGUUCGAAGAUGAAAGAAUUCACCAUGUGGACUCUCUUGGUUCUUUGCAGCGUGAUCACCUCACAUGGAGUGCAAGGUGCUGGUCUCCCCCCAACAACUGAGGAGGCGAAUACAGCACCACCAAAAUCUCAAGAAUUGGAUGCAAGAUAUACAUUUGGUGUGACUGAUGAUUAUUACUGGACCACUGACGCAGGUUGGGACUGUGGCGGCUACCUGUAUGGCAGCAGUGGCACUUUUCAAAGCCCCAACUAUCCAAACCCAUACCCACACAACGCCCACUGCACAUGGUAUAUCAGACCAGGCAGGCAAAUCAUACAGCUGGAGUUCCCUUCUAUAGAAAUGGAGAAUCAAGCAUCGUGCCCUUUUGAUUAUAUUUACGUCUAUGAUGGUUCCAGUACCAGUAGCAGGAUUCUUGGGAAGGUGUGUGACAACAAUGUCACCUUCCACUCCACCGGUGCUUAUUUAACUGUGCGAUUCCGGACUGAUGGUAGUGUUAACGACAAAGGAUUUCGAGCUAACUACCAUGUUGUCUCUCAAGGUUCCUGCAGAUACAACUGUGGCUACCAGGUUGGAACCUGCUCUUGUUAUUCAGGCUGCGAAUACGGUGGGAACUGUUGUCCAGAUUAUGGAGCGUACUGCUCAACAACUACUAUGGAUCCAUACAUCACAGCUCAGCCCUCAUGUCGAAACAACUGCGGCUACAACAUGGGAAGCUGCUCCUGCUCGAGCUCUUGUCAAUACUAUGGCAACUGUUGCUAUGACUACUACUCUUACUGCCUGUCAACCACUGACUUACCCAUUGACACCACAGCUCAGCCCUCAUGUCAAUACAACUGCGGCUACAACAUGGGAAGCUGCUCCUGCUCGAGCUCUUGUCAAUACUAUGGCACCUGUUGCUAUGACUACUACUCUUACUGCCUGUCAACCACUGACUUACCCAUUGAAACCACAGCUCAGCCCUCAUGUCAAUACAACUGCGGCAGGCACCUGGGAAGCUGCUCCUGCUCAAGCUCUUGUGAAUACAAUGGAAACUGUUGUUAUGACUACUACUCCUACUGCUCAUAUACAACCGACAUAUCAGGCACAGAAACACCCUGUGGAGGCCACUUGUAUGGCUCUGGUAACAUCUCCAGCCCCAACCAUCCCAAUUACUACCACGACCAUGCCUACUGUGUCUGGCAGCUCAGAGCAUCGUAUGACCAAAGAAUCUACUUGGCAUUCACAUACCUGCAAUUGGAGAACUGCUGCACCUGUGACUACAUUGCAAUCUAUGAUGGGCCGUCUGUUAAUUCACAAUUUCUGGGAAAAGUGUGCAAUGACAGUCAGAGCUCUUUCUACUCCUCCUCCAACUACAUGACUGUGCUCUUCCGCACUGACAGUUCAGUGGUCGGCCGAGGAUUCAAGGCUGAGUUCAUGAGCUCUCUGCAACCAAGCUCAGGUCGAGUGGACUGUUCCUCAGACAACAUGAACAUUGUGAUUCAAAGGAGCUACCUGAACUCUCUCGGCUAUGACGGCCACAGUCUGUACGUGAACGACCCACACUGCAGACCCCAGGUUUCCUCAUACCAGGUGGUCUUCAGUUUCCCCAUUAACACUUGUGGCACCGUUCGAAAGUUUGAGAAUGGCAGAGCCGUGUACACCAACACUCUCCGUGCCUACACCUCCAGUUACGGAGAGAUCACGCGCCAGACUCACUUAAAGCUGAACGUUGCCUGUCGAAUGGAGCAAGACUCAGUGUCGCAGAUUAUGUAUGUCGUCAAUCAUCAUGAUAACAGCAGCAUUACAGGCACAGGCAGAUUCAAUACCAGCAUGGCUUUCUACACAUCCAGCAGCUUCUACUACAAGGUGUCUCAAGUUCCAUACGAGGUGUCACUGAACCAGAACCUGUAUGUCCAAGUGGACUUGAGAAGGGGUGACUCUUCCCUGGUCGUUUACCUUGACACCUGUGUGGCCUCACCAUCACCCCAUGAUUUCCAGACCAGAUCCUACGACCUGGUCCGUAACGGAUGUUCCAUUGACAGCACCUACCGGGCUUACCUCACUGGUACCCAUCCCUACGCCCGUUUUGCAUUCAAGUCCUUCAAGUUCCUGCGAGCCACAGAGUCUGUAUACAUCCAGUGCAAGGUCCUGAUAUGCCAAGCUUCUGACUACAAUUCCCGCUGCCGCCACGGCUGCAACAGACGACAGGCCAGAGACCUGGGGUCAGAACACGACAGCCAGACUCUGGUCCUGGGUCCCAUCAAACUUAAAGACCUUAAGAAAAAGGAAGACGGGGCGCAUAAGGAGGACAAGGUGUAACUUCAUACUGCAAUGAGCUGCUUCGAUCAUUUUUACUAAUCAUUACAGCUCUUGUUGUUGUGUUUAUGGUGACACUGAAUUAUACUCAACAUUUUCUCUUUAUCUCAUUACCUGAUUAAAAGCAUCAUCAAAAGACAA